GGAUUGCAGUUGGUCCAGACCAGUGUUGCCAGACUGGGCGGACCAAGAUCUCCCGAGUGAAGUCCUUUGAAUUGUUUCUUCUGGGACUGGCUACAGCCAACAUGGGGGAAAUUCUCAUUGUGAAUAUCUAUGAUAUUAUCAUUGUCGAGGCUUCCACCACCACCACUGGCACUUGGUUGUGUCGCUCGCUCAAGUUCCUGACUGUGUUUGGUGAAACUACCAGCAUCCUCUUCACUGUCCUCAUCAGCAUCUUCCGCUACCAGAAGCUGAGAGACGCCGAUAAGAGGGUCAACCUCCCAAUCUGCCUGGACAGCAUCAGGUCAGCCUUGAUGGUGAGCGGGAUUUGUGUGAUGGUCUCCUCGCUACUCAGUCUCCCCAUUUUUGUCCUGAACCUGCAAGGCCCUGCAGAAAACAUCACAAGAAACAGAAGUGGCUGCCCACCAGACUUCUUUCAGUGUGGCAAAAAUCAUUGUCCCAUUGUCAAUCACUUCUACAAAUAUCUGUUCAUCCUGACAUUCAACCUGCUGCCUCUGAUCAUCGUGACAGUUACCAGCUGCCUCAUCAUCAUGGUACUGCUGAGCCGGAGAAAGAUGGUGACACCAGUGGUGAGUGUGAGCGGGUUGAACCAGUUCGGCAGGAAGAGUAAAGGUCCGAGGCUUCAGCGAAGCACGAUAGCUGUACUGGCUGCCAUGUGGUUGUUCCAGGUGGACUGGACUCUCUACCUGAUCUUCCAGCUGACUUUCAGCCCCACUGACUUUCCUUUUUGGGCGGAAAUUGGGUUCUUUAUCUCAACUUCCUAUACAUCCAUCAGUCCGUAUGUGUACGGGAUAGGGAAUAACCUGUUCUCCAUCAAGAACUUUAUAAAGAGGUAAUUUAAAGCUUUUCUUCAGGCCAGACUUGUCAGAUUUUUGAACAAAAAAUUGUGGUGGUGUUUUGUUUUUAGUGAUGAAAUAGAAACAAGUCAAAGACGUUUUUAUGCUUAUCAAUAAAAAUGCUUUUUCAUAAUUAAGUUAUUAGCUUAAAAUUAAUUAAUAAUGUCAAACUAAACCUUUCUGUGUUAGUUGAGGGGAGCAGGAGUUUAAGCAACAACACUUUUUUCAGAGCUUUUUUAACACGUAAUCUUUAUUUCUUCAGUGAUUGCAUUGCAUCUUUUUGUUAGAGUUUCAUAUUUUUAUUUACAUUUAAUAUGAAAUUAAAAAGUUCCCUUUGGUACAAAAUUUUGUUUUUGCAAUUUUAAGAGUAGUUUUCAAUUGCCUCUUUUGAAAGACAAAAGCAUUAAGGGACUGUCAUAAACUGAAAAACAAAAUGUUUUCAUGUCUAGAGUGGCUCUCUUACAGCCUUUCAGCAGGAGGAGGGCAAA